UGUUGCACGCAGAUGAUCAGAGUCCUGGAUACUGUUAGGAUUAUGUAUACAGAGAUAAGAUUAAGUGGUGAUUUUUUCAAUAAAACAAUUGAUCAUUUAAUCUGUAGAUUGUCAGGAUAUAGGUGAUAAUGGCCCUCAUCAUUUCAAAAAGAGAUACAAAUAAAUAAUAGUCACAAUUUGUGAUCCAAAUGUUGAAGGCGAAUAGUCACCAUCUGGAAAAUCUAAAGCUAAGAUUGAAAUCUGAUAUCUCUGUUUUUUAACAGGUAUUUUUUUUAUUUAAUCCUGUAUUGUACUGAUGUUUUCCCGUAGAUAUUCUAGAUAGAGAAGGUUGUGAAAAGUGAGAGACACAAUUGCUUUGCUUGCAUUGUGCUUGAUUGCAAAUAACAGAUGUGAAUUAUUUUCUGGUUGAAGACCAUAAAAAGUAUUUCCUUAAGCAAACCGCAACCACCCAACGAGAUAUUUUGAUACAACUAAUGACCAGAGAUAACAAACCAUGUUGAAACAGUGGGUUUGUCUGUGAAGUCCUCCCUUCACAGGUUUAUUUAGGCCUAGCAGUGUGGACCCCAGCCCAUAAUCCUCCUGCAGACACACCUGCAGAGGAGAGUAUAAAAACCCUGGACUGCACUGAGUCAAACAUCAAGCCUCAAACAGUCUCUCCACACAAGCUCCACAGCCUCUGGACUGACCCUGAAGAUGACUCCCUCUGCCAGCCUGCUGCUGCUGGUCCUGCUCGGCCUCUCUAAGGCUCAGCCUCUCCAGGAGGAAGGAAGCGCAGAAGAAGUCCCAGACACCAUGGACAUCACCACCAGGAUUCUGACUUCUAACAACGCCACCAAUGAGAUCCUGCUGGAAGGAGACCUGCUGGCUCCCAGAACCAGAAACGCCAUGACGUGCUGGUCCCAGAGUUGCCUGUGGAGGAAAGCCUCCAACGGCUUGGUGAUGAUCCCCUUCACCAUGAGCCGUGAGUUCACCAGCUGGGAGAAGCAGAAGAUCGACGUGGCCAUGAAGUCCUACCAAAGCAGGACCUGCAUCCGCUUCGUCCCCCGUCAGAACGAGUACGACUACAUCAGCGUCGAGAACAGAGCCGGAUGUUUCUCGGCUCUUGGCAGAGAGGGAGGCAGACAGGUGCUCUCUCUCAACAGGCAGGGCUGCCUCUACCACGGCAUCAUCCAGCACGAGAUCAACCACGCUCUGGGCUUCCAGCACGAGCAGACCAGGAGUGACCGCGACCAAUACGUCAGGAUCAACUGGGAGAACAUCGAUCCACGAAUGGCCUACAACUUCCACAAGCAGCCCACCAACAACCUGAACACUCCCUACGACUACUCCUCCAUCAUGCACUAUGGAAGAACAGCCUUCUCCAUCCAGUACGGGAGGGACUCCAUCACCCCCAUCCCCAACCCCAACGUCCAGAUCGGCCAGAGGCAGGGCAUGUCCCGCGGGGACAUCUUGAGAAUCAACCGGCUCUACAGCUGCUAACAACCUUGUUGAUGCCAAAUGCAACAAACUCAAGUUUUUCUGUUUGUUUUUUCUGUAAUUGAAUAAAAGCUUCUAUAACCUAUGGAAUCGAUGUUAAAGAUUACAGUGCCUUUAACCACAUUCUUUCAAAUGGUCAAAUG